AUGACUCUAUCUCCAGUUGAUAGCAUCUUUAUAUUUAAUUGGGAGAAAAUUGAUCAUAAAAAUUUAGUUCUUGACCAUUCAAAACUGAUUGGUAUUUAUGAUGAACUUGACUUAUUAUGUUUAUCAAUUCAAGAACAAAUUGAUUAUCUUGAUCUACACUUGAAAACAUUUAGUUUUUUCGAUCAAGAUGAGCAUUUCACAAAAGAUCUAUCAAAACAAACUGCUGAUCUUCUUUGGUUUCAUCUUUAUCAUGAUGUUCUAUUGGAAUUAGUAUAUAAUGCAGAAGCAAAACAAGAAAUGAUCGAUGCAUGUCGUUCCUAUUAUCGUGACAAUACUAAAGAAUUGGAGUUGAUUAAGAAGUUUGAAAAUGAAUAUCGAUCAGAAGAAGCUCUUCGAUGGUAUUUGGAAAAGACGUUUCUUUAUAGAAUCAUCAAUAAAGCUAUGCGAAUCAAAGACUUCGAUCAGCUUUACAUAUUCCGACAUUUUAUGAAAGAUCUAAUAGAAUGUCUAAUUCGAGAACAUCAAAAGAUGGUUCAGUCUGGCCAAAAAAUAUUAAUAGUUUAUCGAGGAAUGAAAAUGACAAAAGAUCAAAUCGAGAAAUUCAAAGAGAACCAAGGUAAAUUAGUUUCAAUCCAUGGGUUUUUCACAACAAAUAUUCUUCGUUCAACUGCAUUGAAUCAAAUGAUGAAAUCUUCUAAACAAACUAAUCUCAUCUCUGUUCUUCUAAAAAUUCAAUGUGAUCUACAGCAUCUGAACAACACUGUCAUUGUUGCUGAUCUCUAUGAAGAACAACAAGAAAUUCUCUUCAAUUCAACUGUCACUUAUCGAUUGGAAAGUGUAAGAAUGGAUGAAGAAGAGAUUUGCUUUAUUGAUAUGAGUGCGUCGAAUGAAGGUCAAAUUAUUAAAGACAAAUAUAUCAAAGACUCAUGUCGUCAGAUAGAGAAGGAUCUCAGUAUCAAAAUUCUUUUUGGACGAUUGAUGUGUGACAUGGGUGAAUGGAACCAAUCACAACAUUUUUUUGAACUUUUAUUAAAUGAUUCGAAUAACAACAACGAAGACCUCACAAAGAUUGAACUUAGUCUUGGUGAGGUCCUUCAAUGGAAAGGAGAAUGGAGUGAAGCCCGGAAAUAUUAUGAUCGUGCUUAUGAUAGGAUAAUUAAUGCUAAACCAAUAUAUAUCAAGGAUUUAGCUGAUAUUCUAUUCAAAAUUGGUGAGAUUCUCUAUCUGGAAGGAAAGUAUGAAGAAGCUCACAAUUGUUAUAAACGAGCAAUGGAAAUUCAAAAGAAAAAUUAUUCGUCUUCCAACUUUGAUAGAUCCGCGCCACCAAAUCAGCAACAUAAUAGUAUACUCAACGAUGUUCCCACAUUAUGCUGCUCAGUUUCUUCAAAUUUAGAAGAAUACUUUCAAUCGUCUUCUCAAUGGCACUGCACUUCAGAAUAUCGACAAAUUUCGUCCCAGCUUCCAUCAAAGUAUACGGCAAACAAAAUAGAAUCCGUUGGAGAAAUAUUGACCGAAAGACAUUUGCUAGAAAUAUGUCAAAACAUACAGGGAACUGAUUGGUUGACAACAAUUGAGAUUAAACCAGGUAGUAAUGUUCUUAUUGCUUAUAGUCUUCAGGGCAUUGGAAAGAUUCUCUGGCGCAAAGAAAAAUAUGACGAAGCCCUAAUCUUUCAUCAACAAGCAUUGGCAAUACUCGAAGAAUAUUAUCAAUCUCCUCAUAUAGACAUCGCUAUUAGUCUUGACCACAUUGGUGAAGUUCUUACAUAUCAAAAAAGCUACGAUACAGCUCUAGAGUUCUCUCAACGAGCAAUAUCAAUCUAUACAAGAUAUUAUCCAAAUGGUCAUGUUUACAUUGCCUCUACCAUUCUAAACAUCGCUUACAUUCUCGUUCUCCUGGGAAAACACGAUGAAGCUCUAAAGAAUUAUGAACAAGCAAUGGCAAUGCUACAAAAAUAUUAUCCAUCUGGUCAUGUCAAUAUUGCCUUUAGUCUCAAUGGAAUAGGGCAUGUUCGCUAUGUAAAAGGAAAAUAUAAUGAAGCUCUGACAUUUUUUGAUCAAGAGCUGAAAAUUCUACAGAAAUUUUGUUUCUCUGGCCACACUGAUAUUAUUAGUACUCUAAACAAUAUCGGCUAUGUACAAAAGGAACUAGCAAAGUAUGACGAAGCUCUUGAUUUCCAUCAACGAGCAUUAACACUUCAAGAGAAAUAUUAUCCAUAUGAUUAUGCAAAGAUUGCUUACACAUUCAAUUCCAUUUCUGAGAUACUAAUUCGUCAAUCAAAAUAUGAUGAAGCUCUACGCUAUAGUCAACGAGCACUAACGAUGCAAGAGAGCUAUUACCCUUCAGGUCAUGGCUCAAUAGCCUCGAGUCUCAACAAUAUUGGCAACAUUCUAAAUGCGCAAGGAAAAUACAAUGAGGCUAUUGAUUUUCAACAAAGAGCACUCGCAACAAUCGAAAAGUACCUUCCAUCUGAUCAUUCUUCUAUUGCUUUUUAUAUGAACAAUAUUGGGAUCAUAUCAUGUACACAAAAAAAGUAUAAUGAAGCUCUUGAUUAUCAUCAACGAGCACUUGAAAUACAAGAAAAAUAUUGUUCAUCAUGUCAGAAUGAAAUUGUCAAUAGUCUCAACAACAUCAGUGAUGUUUUCAUGGAACAGAAAAAAUACGAUGAAGCCUUGAAGUUUUGUCAACGUGCACUUGAAAUGCAAGAGAACUAUUAUCCAAAUGGUCAUGUGAGCAUAGCGACUACUCUCAAUAAUAUCGGUACAACCCUUCGUCAACAACAAAGAUUCGAUGAAGCGGUUGCAUAUCAUCAAAAAGCAUUAGAAAUUCAAGAGAAAUAUUGUCCAACAGACAGUAUCAUCAUAGCUAAUACCAUCAAUCGUAUUGGUCAUGUUUUGUACGAUGAAGGAAAGUAUGACGCAGCCAUUCAAUAUUAUCAACGAGCACUUUCAAUACAAGAAAACUUCUAUCCUGAUGGUCACAUCGAAAUUUCUCAUACUUUCAACUCUAUUGGAAAUGUCCUAUAUAGUCAAGAGAAGUAUAAUGAAGCCAUUGAUUUUUAUCAACGAUCAUUAACUAUUCGAGAGAAAAUCGAUCCACUUGGUUAUAAUGGCAUUGCUACCAUUCUGAGAAAUAUUGGUAACACUCUAUAUGAACAAAAGAAGUACGAUGAAGCUCUUCAAGCUCAUCAAAAAGCUUUGGCUAUUCGAGAAAAAAACGACGAAUUACCUAAUGUUGACGUCGCAAAUAGUCUGAAUUAUAUUGGAAAUGUUCUAUAUAGUCAAGAAAAAUAUUCUGAAGCCAUUGAUUUUUAUCAACGAUCAUUAACUAUUCGAGAGAAAAUCCAUCCACUUGGUUAUAACGGCAUUGUUACCGUUCUUACCAAUAUUGGAAAUGCCCUGUAUCAACAAAGAAAGUAUGAUGAAGCUCUUGACUUUCAACAACAAGCAUUGACAGUUUUAAAAAGUAACUCGCCUAGUAAUGAAUUUAGAAUUGCUAGCAGUCUCAAGGCCAUCGGUAAAACUCUGUUUCAACAAAGAAAAUAUGAUGAAUCUCUUGACUUUUAUCAAGAAGCAUUGAUGUUAUUUGAAGAACAUUACCCCAAGGAUCAUAUUGAAAUUUCUAGCUGUCUAUCCUGGAUUGUUGCUAACUUCGGAAGAAAAUCCAAGUUCGAUCUCGCUGUCGAAUAUUUAAAAAGAUGGUUAUUAAUUGAAGAAACCAGUUCAACUUCAGAAUAUCCCUCCGUCACUCAAGUACUUCAAUGGUUAUCACAGAUACAAAGAGAGAGAGACCAACAUGAUAUCUCUCUUAUACAUGAACAGAAUUGUUUUUUGAUGCGUCUUAAAGUGCUACCACCAGAUCAUGUGGAUAUUGGUGAUAGUUUAUCGACUAUAGGUGAGAUUUACGAAAAUAUUCAUAAUCCUAUGUUGGCACUUACUUACUAUCAGCAAGCAUUAGCUAUCUACAGAAAAUGUUUGACUGUCUGGCAUGGUAAAAUACGAAGUAUGGAAUGGAAUAUUGAACGACUUUCGGAACAACUUGAAAUAGAACUCGAUGAAUUAAAUUGA